AUAUAUGCAUAAAUUAGGUCGGCUAGGACUAUAAGGACUUGGACGCCUUGGCGGGCGAAGUGUGCCAGAACGAUAUUCGGUGGGCCGGGAACCACGGAUGUGCCAAUGCUAACAUUUAGAAAGUCGCACUCUUACUCACCCAUACCAACCCCUUUGCAAAAGGCUGCCUUGCUGUUGCUAGUAGCAUUGCGUGGGGUUGUCCCAGAAGUUGCACCGCCCAAGGCAGAUGGGUAAUGAAUAUCUACACAACCAGCCGACAUUGGAACCUCACACAUAGGGCUUCGGGUCGACCGACGGCCGACGACAUUGAGCAGGAUACAGGACACAUAAAUCUAAAUUGCGGUAGGAGCAAGCGGAGAGAGCAUAUCGACGACGGUUAUGGGCACGCGAUGACCUACUCUCUAAAAGCACCGGUUAAGAAGGCAGCUUCAGGAUGGACGUCGGUGGCCUCGAGGCUCUGGGCCCUAGCAUGGCCCUUGUCAGGCAUGGAGGUGAUGACGUUUGCAAAAGAGCUGAUCAUUACCGCCUUUGUGGGGCAUUUGGGCCCCGUGGAACUGUCGUCUCUAGUAUUGUCACAGACGCUCUACAACGUCAGCGGCAACGCACCUAUGCUGGGGGUCGUGACUGCCAUGGAAACCUUCUGCGGGCAAGCUUACGGCGCUAAAAAGUAUGCGACCGUGGGUGUUGUGACGCAGCGGGCCCUCGUCAUCACCACCCUCUUCAACCUGAUGUGCAUAGCCUUGUGGGGCAAAGCGGAGUCGCUGAUGCUAGCCAUGGGCCAGGACCCCCAGAUCGCCAAGGCCGCAGGGCGCUUCACCAUCCUGCUGAGCCCCUGCCUCUUGUUGGACGGCAUCGAGCAGUGCUUGCGCCGCUACCUCGCAGCGCAAUCUGUCGUACAACCGCUCAUGUACGUCACCUUCCUAGCCACCAUGCUGACGCCGCUGUACCUAUGGUACUUCAUAUUUAGAUGCGCCUGGGGCUUUGACGGCGCCGCGGUGGCGUGGGCGUGCGUGCAGGCCAGCUCCUGCCUGGGCCUGCUGCUGUUCACGCUGUACCACUCGCACACCCAGGAGCCCUCCCGGCGCACCUGGGCUGGGUGGAGCCGCGAGUGCCUGGCGGACUGGCCGCUCUACAUCCGGGUGGCCAUUCCCUCGGCCAUCAUGAUUUGCCUGGACUGGUGGACGUUUGAGAUUAUCGUGAUGCUGUCGGGUCUGCUGCCGCGGCCCGAGAUGACGAUGUCCAUGAUGGGCAUCACCUUCAACAUCCACGCGCUGUGCUUCUUCGCGGCGCACGGACUCAGCGGGGCAGCCAGCACGAGAGUGGGCAACGAACUAGGCGCCAGUCGCCCCCGUCAGGCCUGGCUGAACACGCAGGUGUCGGUGCUGAUGGGCACCGUCAUCAUGAUGCUGUCGGCGGGGGCGCUGCUGCACUGGCGCGAGCAGCUGGGCGGGCUGUUCACGGACGACCGGGAGGUGGGGCUGCUCACCAGCCAGGCGGUGCCGUCGCUGGCAAUAUCGCUCAUAGGCGAGGGCGCCAACACGGUACUCGCGGGCGUGCUGCGAGGCUGCGGGCGGCAGAAGAUCGGCGCGCAGAUCAACCUCUUCAUGUACUGGGGCAUUGGGCUGCCCUUCGCCUGCCUGCUGGCCUUCCGCAUGGGCCUGGGCGCCAUGGGGCUGUGGACCGGCCUGGCGUGUACAGCAUCCGUACAGUCGCUAAUCCUGACGUGGAUCGUGUUCAAGUUUGACUGGAAUGCGGAGGCUCAGCGUGCCAAGGCGCUGAUCGCGGCCGGGGAGUUGGAGAUUGAGUUGGAGGAGGAGGUGGAGGCGGUGAUGAUUGCUAGCAGCAGCGGGAGGCUGGUGGGGGGCGAGGUGGUGCUGGAGGGAGGUCUCCCUCCCGGGCCGGCAGGCAGGCCACGUUAAUGGAGGAGCUGUGAUGAUGGCGUGCGGCCCCUCUCUGCAGCACCACAAUAGGGUGGGGUGGAGGGGGGCCUGUAGCGUGCUGAGCAGCGCGUCGUGAGGAGUGCGUGUGGGUGAAAGGAGGUGGUUGUUUUAGAGAUCAAGGGUGAGCGCUGCUCCUGUUUGCUGAGUGGCCCGCUGACGGCUCUGCAGCUGGAAUGGGGUGCGAGGGAGUGGGGCCUAGGGGAUUAGCAGGAUGCAGGGACGUGUGAGCUAAGAGCCAGGUGGCCUGGUGUGCCGCUCGGAAGGUAAGGACUACGGUGGCGGCCUAGAGGAGGUGGCGGAGGUGGCGGAGAGGACACAACACUUUGUAAGUCUAGUAAAAAUAGCUGCAGGGUGAUGGCUUGGGGGCAUCGUUUGAGUGCUGCGAGAGCAGUCGGUGGUUGGUAGUUGCUGUAGUUACUGGAUAGCGGCGGUGAUGUCCGGCAAGGAAGAGCAAGGCUUUAGCAUGUGUGCAUAGCCGAUAACGCUGAUAGCGAGGGGGGGUGGGGGGAUGCUGGCUCCUGAUGAUGGUGGCGGUAGAGGGGGCCGGGACCCGGCAUCACGCAAUGCAAAACUCGAAAUUGCUUUCUGGACUCUCUGCGAACGAGCACAGCGCUGCGAUGGAGGCUUUCGAUGAGUGUGCGUGCAGCAACUGCCGUAACUGAUAUCAUGUGGCUGGGUAAUUGGUACCACAAAAACUUUUAGUGAUUUGGGAUCUUUUGAGUGUUCUACUUCCCCUUCCUAUGUCCUAUGCGUCCCCGCGCUACCGGGGUGUACCUCAACACAUAUCGUAAGAACGAAUGUGGAACGUCACUUCAGUCCCUGAGGCUCUUCUCCGUGACCCAACUAGGGGACGCCUCUGCGGUAGGGAAUCCGUCCAUGUGUCACAGUGACAGUCCCCCCGCGUGUCGUGGUGUGUCGCUGCGAGUUAGGGAGCCCGGCCGGCGGGCUGCGGAAGCGCACUGCUGGCAGUUGUGCACUGCUGGCGCGCAUCCCGGGUGACUGCCUGCCUACUCGGGGGGGCGUGGUGCUCCUUGUGUGCCCCCACCCCCCCGGUCUGUGUAAUACUUGUAAAGCAGAGGCAUUG